CGGCGCGUGCGCACUGCGCGUCUGCGAGCCUCAGUCAGACAGCCGCGCGAGCGCAGAUCGGAGACCUGCGGUGGUUUGAGUGGUAGAGAGCCCGCCGUGCUGAGCCGGGUCCUCGGUCUUCCCGGCGACGGCUUUACCGAGUUUGGCAUCAGUCGAAGGGGCACGGCAUGUCGUGGGUUCCGCGGGACUGACAGUGAACGCGCGUGCAGGAUGGGCCGGCGCCGGGGUCUGGAGCUCUACCGGGCCCCGUUCCCGUUGUACGCGCUCCGGGUGGACCCCAAGACCGGGCUGCUCAUCGCUGCGGGCGGAGGAGGCGCCGCCAAGACCGGCAUAAAGAAUGGCGUGCACUUUCUGCAGCUGGAGCAAAUCAACGGGUGCCUGAGCGCCUCCUUGCUGUACUCUCAUGACACAGAGACACGGGCCACUAUGAACUUGGCACUGGCUGGUGACAUCCUUGCUGCUGGACAGGAUGCCCGCUGUCAGCUCCUGCGUUUCCAGGUCCAUCAAGUGAAGAGCAAUAAAGCAGAGAAGUCAGGUUCCAAGGAGCAGGGACCUCGACAGAGGAAGCGGGCAGCUCCAGCAGAGAAGAAAUCCGGAGCAGAAGUUCAGCACGAAGGGGUUGAACUCAGAGUAAAGAAUUUGGAAGCGGUACAGACAGACUUCAGUGCUGAACCACUGCAGAAAGUGGUACACUUCAACCAUGAUAAUACCUUGCUUGCCACCGGAGGGACUGAUGGCCAUGUUCGUGUCUGGAAGGUACCUAGUCUGGAGAAAGUUCUGGAUUUCAAAGCACAUGAAGGGGAGAUUGGAGAUUUGGCUCUGGGUCCUGAUGGCAAGUUGGUUACUGUGGGCUGGGACUUCAAGGCCUCCGUGUGGCAGAAGGAUCAGCUAGUAGCACAGCUACAAUGGCAAGAGAAUGGAUCCACCUCUUCUAACACACCAUACCGCUACCAGGCCUGCAGGUUUGGGAAGGUUCCAGAUCAGCCCGGGGGGCUGCGGCUCUUCACAGUACAGAUCCCCCACAAGCGCCUGCGUCAGCCUGCACCCUGCUACCUCACAGCCUGGGACAGUUCCACCUUCCUGCCGCUUCGGACCAGGCCCUGUGGCCACGAAGUCAUCUCCUGCCUCAGUGUCAGUGAAUCGGGUACCUUCCUAGGCCUAGGCACGGUCACUGGCUCUGUCGCCAUCUACAUAGCUUUCUCUCUCCAGCGUCUCUACUAUGUGAAAGAGGCCCAUGGCAUUGUGGUGACAGAUGUCACCUUUCUACCUGAGAAGGGCUGUGGUCCACAGCUUCUUGGAUCCCAUGAAACUGCUCUUUUCUCUGUGGCUGUGGAUAGUCGUUGCCAGCUGCACCUGCUGCCCUCACGGCGGAGUGUUCCUGUAUGGCUUCUGCUCCUGAUGUGUGUCGGCCUUAUCAUUGUGACCAUCCUGCUGCUCCAGAGUGCCUUUCCAGGUUUUCUUUAGCUUCCAUGACCAAUGGGAAUCGGGCUUGGACACUGCCACCUCCCAGAGCAGAGCCGUUGUGGUCCACAGCUGAGGCUGCCUCUGCUGAGACUGAUGGGUACUGCUUGUCCCUCAGCUAAAGCUUGCCUGUGGCCCCAUUAUCACUUUAGAUCUUGGGAGCCCUGCAUUCAUCACCUGUGGAUCCAUUUAGGACAGUGUGGUCUGAAGCCCAGGGCAUACUACCUGCCUCAUUCCCUCUGCCUCUCAGGGCUCCAGAGUGUUAGCUCUUCCUUCUCUAGAAAUAUGUGACGGUGACCAAGAGCCUGGAGGCAUUGCCAUCCUUCCUCCAGAAACUGUUUCUCCUCCUCCCCUUACAACCAUUACACGAGGUCCUUGGCUUUUGUUGAAAAAAGGUUUGGGCUGGCACUUGCUGUUAGGGCAGGAAGAGGCAAAGGGAGACUCAGGUAGCAGUGGUCUGUGGGCUCAGCUGGGUAGCAGCAAACCAGCCAGGCCACAGAUACAGGAAGCUCCUGGAUGGUUUACUCCGGCCUGAGGAAAGGGAAAGUGAGCCUCGGCUCAUUAGGCAGGAAGAGUUGAUAUUUAAUAAACAAAGAAAGAUUGAACCGAGA